GAACGACGGCCCUCUCUCUCUUUCUCCUGAUGCAUCCUUCCAUCUCUAGUAGCUUCCCCGGCCCCAGGACAUACGGAGAGGUCCAGUUCUUCAACACUAACAACUACCUCCAGGGAAUAGACUGGUAAUCUAUGUUAUUAUAUAUCUAUGAUCCAACUACCACCAGGGAAUAGACUGGUAAUCUAUGUUAUUAUAUAUAUAUGAUCCAACUACCACCAGGGAAUAGACUGGUAAUCUAUGUUAUUAUAUAUAUAUCUAUGAUCCAACUACCACCAGGGAAUAGACUGGUAAUCUAUGUUAUUAUAUAUAUAUCUAUGAUCCAACUACCACCAGGGAAUAGACUGGUAAUCUAUGUUAUUAUAUAUCUAUGAUCCAACUACCACCAGGGAAUAGACUGGUAAUCUAUGUUAUUAUAUACUCUAGAUCCAACUACCACCAGGGAAUAGACUGGUAAUCUAUGUUAUUAUAUAUCUAUGAUCCAACUACCACCAGGGAAUAGACUGGUAAUCUAUGUUAUUAUAUAUCUAUGAUCCAACUACCACCAGGGAAUAGACUGGUAAUCUAUGUUAUUAUAUAUCUAUGAUCCAACUACCACCAGGGAAUAGACUGGUAAUCUAUGUUAUUAUAUAUCUAUGAUCCAACUACCACCAGGGAAUAGACUGGUAAUCUAUGUUAUUAUAUAUCUAUGAUCCAACUACCACGAGGGAAUAGACUGGUAAUCUAUGUUAUUAUAUAUCUAUGAUCCAACUACCACCAGGGAAUAGACUGGUAAUCUAUGUUAUUAUAUAUCUAUGAUCCAACUACCACCAGGGAAUAGACUGGUAAUCUAUGUUAUUAUAUAUCUAUGAUCCAACUACCACCAGGGAAUAGACUGGUAAUAUAUGUUAUUAUAUAUAUAUGAUCCAACUACCACCAGGGAAUAGACUGGUAAUCUAUGUUAUUAUAUAUCUAUGAUCCAACUACCACCAGGGAAUAGACUGGUAAUCUAUGUUAUUAUAUAUCUAUGAUCCAACUACCACCAGGGAAUAGACUGGUAAUCUAUGUUAUUAUAUAUCUAUGAUCCAACUACCACCAGGGAAUAGACUGGUAAUCUAUGUUAUUAUAUUAUCUAUGAUACAUCAAGUUUCAUCAAGUCAUUGUAAAUAUAGUCACGUUACCGUGGAAAUGGUCUGAAUCAUGUGUCUUGUCUUUUUGAUCUGAAUGCCAAGUCUUUAGUCAAGCCGUUCUACAACACAACAUCUCUCUCCUUAUACGGCUGUUGAUCUGAACCAGGCUUUAGAAUGUCCUCUCUGUCUGUCUCUCUCUCCCCCUCUCCUCCCUCCCUCCCGUCUAGGUAUAUGGAGUUGUUCCCGCUCCCGUCUAAUGUCACCAGUGACUUCCUGUUUGAGAAGAGCUCCGCCUACUUCCCCUCUGAAGACGCUCCUCGCCGCGCUGCCGCCCUGCUGCCUAAAGCCAAGAUCCUGACCAUGUUGAUCAACCCCUCAGACAGGGCUUAUAACUGGUACCAGGUACACCCAGACACAGACCAUAACACACACUCCUAUUCAACUCAUGAGUUGAAUUUGGAAUUGAAUUGGCCAAACCCCACAAGAUGUAGAAUUUGAGUUUGAGUUUGAGUGACAGCAAGUAGAAUUAAAUGAAAUUGCACUCAGUAACAGAAGAUGGGAGUUUUAUUGAAUCAGGCAGUUCACACUUCCAGAAACCAAACAAUAUAUCACUUCUCUCUGAAAACAAUGUUUAUAUUCUCUUUUAACCUGUGCUUAGAAUAGACCAUUAUAUUUCCAACAACCAUUUCAUUUGGUUGGCUUCUUUUUCCAAGGCUUUAGGGUCAACUUGAGGUUUAACAUUUACAUUUACAUUUACGUCAUUUAGCAGACGCUCUUAUCCAGAGCGACUUACAAAUAGGAACUAAUGCAUUCUGGGAAAUGUAGUAUUUCCCCCCCAUAUUGAACAAAAUGUCAGUGAUUAAUGAAAUGUAACAACGUCAAAUAUUCACAUGCAGGUUUUGUCAAUUGUUUCAUCAAUAUUUGAUCUGCAUGUUUAAAACGACACUUAUGAUGUUUUAUGUACAAAAUGUACACUGAGUGUACAAAACAUUAGGAACACCUGCUCUUUCCAUGACAUAGACUGACCAGGUGAAUCCAGGUGAAAGCUAUGAUCCCUUAUUGAUGUCACUUGUUAAAUCCACUUCAAUCAGUGUAGAUGAAGGGGAGGAGACAAGUUAAAGAAGGAUUUUUAAUUGAGACUUGGAUUGUGUAUGUGUGCCAUUCAGAGGGUGAAUAUGUUGGUAGUAGGCACACCGGUUUGAGUGUGUAAAGAACUGCAACGCUGCUGGGUUUUUCACGCUCAACAGUUUCCUGUGUGUAUCAAGAAUGGUGCACCACACAAAGGACAAACUGUGGGAAGCAUUGGAGUCAACAUGGGCCAGCAUCCCUGUGGAACGCUUUCGACACUCUGUAGAGUCCAUGCCCCCGAAGAAUUGAGGCUGUUCUGAUGGGCAAAAGGUGGGGGGGGGGGGGGGGGGGGGGUUAUAGACUCCGUAUUAGGAAGGUUGUUCUUAAUGUUGUGUCACUCAGUGCAGAUAAAAUUCAGAUUGAUUCUGUAUCCUAAUUACUACCCUCAAUUCAAAUUCAAGAAUUCUUGAUGUCUGUGUGUUUUGCGGUGACAUCUCUCUCUGUUGGUGUGUGGUUUGUCUUGUGUGUAGGUGUUGUGUGUGUGGUGUUGUUGUGUCGUGCUUUUUUUGGUGUGUGUAUUCCUGUGUGUGUGUGUCUGCUCUCGUGUGUGGUGGUGUGUGUGAUGUGUCUGAUGUGUGUUGUGUGUGCUUCUCUGGUCGUCGGGUGUGUCUCCUGUUGUGUGGUCUGUCUCUCUGUGUGUUGUGUGUGUGUGUGUGUGUGUGGUGUGUGUGUGUCCUGUCUAUGGUGUUGUGUGUGUGUGUGUGUGUGUGUGUUGUGGGUUUUGGUCGUGUGGUAUGUUUGUGGUGUGUGUCUUGUGUGUGUCUGUGUGGUGUGUGUGUGUGUGUGUGUGUCGUCUUGUGGUGUGUGUGUGGUGUCCUGUUGUUGUUUGUGUGUUGUUCUUCUGUGUUUUGUUGUUGAUGGUCUGUCCUGUGUGUGGUGUGUCUGUCUACUGUGUUGUGUGUUGGUGUGUGUUGUCUGUGUGUGUGUGGUGUGGGUGUUCUAACUCUGUUGGUUUAACUGGUCUUGACAGUACUGGUCAGUUUGUGUUCAUGACGUUAUCAGGCGCUACUAGGGUUGCAUUCUGCGGCAAUGUGUAUUUCAGCCCAGAACUGCCCAGGUGAUUACAUGAAAUGGUUAACACACUCAUACUUUCAAUGCCAGGUUUUCAAAGGUCACAACGUCACCUGCGAAUGUUACACACACACCUUUUUCAGUUACACAAAUCCCUAUCACACCUGGAGAAUGGUACAAAACUACCCUGUUAACAGGUAAAACACCAGGACUCCACUAUAACACCUGGAAGAUGUUAACACACUACCCUGUUAACCAGGUACACAACCAGGACUCCCUAUAACACCUGGAGGAGUGGUUAACACACUACCCUGUUAACCAGGUACACACCAGGAUCCACUUAAACCUGAGAGAUGGUUAACACACUACCCUGUAACCAGGCACCCAGGACUCUCCAUUACACCGGAGAGAUGGUUAAACACUACCCGUUUAACCAGGUACAACAAAACUCCACUAUAACACCUGGAGAUUUUUUAACACACUAACCUGUUAACCAGGGUACAACCAGGAUCCCACACACCUGAGAGAUGGUAACAACUACCGUGUUAACCAGGGUACAACAGGCCACAUAACACCGGGAGAGAUGGUUAACACACUACCCGUUACCAGGUACACCAGGACUCCACUAUACACCUGGAGGGAUGGUUAACACACUACCUGUUAACGGUACACCCCAGGUUCCACUAUAACACUGGAGAGAUGGUUAACACACUACCCUGUUAACCAGGUACACACCAGGACUCCACUAUAACACCUGGGAGAGAUGGUUAACACACUAACCUGUUACCAGGUACACACCAGACUCCACUAUAACACCUGGAGAGAUGGUUUAACACACUACCCUGUUACAGGUACACAACCAGGACUCCACUAUAACCUGGAGAGAUGGUUAACACACUACCCUGUUAACCAGGUUACACACCAGACUCUACCAUACACACCUGGAGAGAUGGUUAACACACUACCCUGUUAACCAGGUACACACACCAGGACUCCACUAUAACACCUGGAGAGAUGGUUAACACACUACCCUGUUAACCAGGUACCAACCACCAGUGAGUACCAUCCACUAUAAACACCUAGAGAGAUGGUUAACACACUACCCUGUUAACCAGUGUACACACCAGGACUCUACAUAACACCUGGAUAGAUGGUUAACACACUACCCUGUUUAACCAGGUACACACCAGGACUCUACCAUACACACCUAGAGAGAUGGUUAACACACUACCCUGUUAACCAGGUACACACCAGGACUCCACUAUAACACCUGGAGAGAUGGUUAACACACUACCCUGUUAACCAGGUACACACCAGGACUCCACUAUAACACCUGGAGAGAUGGUUAACACACUACCCUGUUAACCAGGUACACACCAGGACUCUACCAUACACACCUGGAGAGAUGGUUAACACACUACCCUGUUAACCAGGUACACACCAGGACUCCACUAUAACACCUGGAGAGAUGGUUAACACUACACCCUGUUAACCAGGUACACACACCAGGACUCUACCAUACACACCUAGAGAGAUGGUUAACACACUACCCUGUUAACCAGGUACACACCAGGACUCCACUAUAACACCUGGAGAGAUGGUUAACACACUACCCUGUUAACCAGGUACACACCAGGACUCCACUAUAACACCUGGAGAGAUGGUUAACACAACUACCCUGUUAACCAGGUACACACACCAGGACUCCACUAUAACACCUGGAGAGAUGGUUAACACACUACCCUGUUAACCAGGUACACACCAGGACUCCACUAUAACACCUGGAGAGAUGGUUAACACACUACCCUGUUAACCAGGUACACACACCAGGACUCCACUAUAACACCUGGAGAGAUGGUUAACACACUACCCUGUUAACCAGGUACACACCAGGACUCCACUAUAACACCUGGAGAGAUGGUUAACACACUACCCUGUUAACCAGGUACACACACCAGGACUCCACUAUAACACCUGGAGAGAUGGUUAAACACACUACCCUGUUAACCAGGUACAACACCAGGACUCCACUAUAACACCUGGAGAGAUGGUUAACACACUACCCUGUUAACCAGGUACACACCAGGACUCCACUAUAACACCUGGAGAGAUGGUUAACCACACUACCCUGUUAACCAGGUACACACCAGGACUCCACUAUAACCACCUGGAGAGAUGGUUAAUACACUACGCUGUUAACCAGGUACACACCAGGAUCCACUACAACACCUGGAGAGAUGGUUAACACACUACCCUGUUAACCAGGUACACACCAGGACUCCACUAUAACACUGGAGAGAUGGUUAACACACUACCCCUGUUAACCAGGUACCACACACCAGGACUCCACUAUAACACCUGGAGAGAUGGUUAACACACUACCCUGUUAACCAGGUACACACCAGGACUCUACCAUACACACCUGGAGAGAUGGUUAACACACUACCCGGUUAACCAGGUACACACCAGGAACUCCACUAUAACACCUGGAGAGAUGGUUAACACACUACCCUGUUAACCAGGUACACACCAGGACUCUACCAUACACACCUGGAGAGAUGGUUAACACACUACCCUGUUAACCAGGUACACACCAGGACUCCACUAUAACACCUGGAGAGAUGGUUAAACACACUACCCCUGUUAACCAGGUACACACCAGGACUCCACUAUAACACCUGGAGAGAUGGUAAACACACUACCCUGUUAACCAGGUACACACCAGGGACUCCACUAUAACACCUGGAGAGAUGGUUAAUACACUACGCUGUUAACCAGGUACACACCAGGACUCCACUACAACACCUGGAGAGAUGGUUAACACACUACCCUGUUAACCAGGUACACACCAGGACUCCACUAUAACACCUGGAGAGAUGGUUAACACACUACCCUGUUAACCAGGUACACACCAGGACUCCACUAUAACACCUGGAGAGAUGGUUAACACACUACCCUGUUAACCAGGUACACACACCAGGACUCCACCAUACACACCUGGAGAGAUGGUUAACACACUACCCUGUUAACCAGGUACACACCAGGACUCCACUAUAACACCUGGAGAGAUGGUUAACACACUACCCUGUUAACCAGGUACACACCAGGACUCCACUAUAACACCUGGAGAGAUGGUUAACACACUACCCUGUUAACCAGGUACACACCAGGACUCAAUACCUCUUCAACAGAACAUUUCACGCUGAUAGAAGAGAUUCAGACUUUACACUUCAAUACCUCUUCAACAGAACAUGCCAGGAUUAUAGAAAAUUAGCAUAUUCUGAAUCAGCUGACCAUAGUGAACCAGUUUCACCCCUUGUUUUUCCAAUCCAUUGUCGUAUUUCCUUUUUGGAGGUGAAAUGUAACGUAAAUGUUGCUCUGUUCCGCUCAGAGGGUUUAAGGGACCGUCUUAAAACUGCAACGCCUACUUUUGCAUGUUAAUGAAAAAAAUGUCAAUAGCUUCUUAACCACAUGACAUGUAGAUAAUGAAAUUACAUGAAAAAUACUUCCUUGAAAUUAAUAACUUCCCACCCUAUGUCACUUGGACUUCACCUCUACAAUCCACUGCAAUUACUUUAGGAUUUGUUUACUUUUUUUCAGAAAGAUUAGCCGCUGCAUGUGCAACAUCUAAUAGGAACCCUAAUAAACAGACGUGUUACAUCUAAUAGGAACCCUAAUAAACAGACGUGUAACAUCUAAUAGGAACCCUAAUAAACAGACGUGUUACAUCUAAUAGGAACCCUAAUAAACAGACGUGUUACAUCUAAUAGGAACCCUAAUAAACAGACGUGUAACAUCUAAUAGGGACCCUAAUAAACAGACGUGUAACAUCUAAUAGGGACGCUAAUAAACAGACGUGUAACAUCUAAUAGGAACCCUAAUAAACAGACGUGUUACAUCUAAUAGGAACCCUAAUAAACAGACGUGUAACAUCUAAUAGGAACCCUAAUAAACAGACGUGUAACAUCUAAUAGGAACCCUAUAAACAGACGUGUUACAUCUAAUAGGAACCCUAAUAAACAGACGUGUAACAUCUAAUAGGGACCCUAAUAAACAGACGUGUAAACAUCUAAUAGGGAACCCUAAUAAACAUACGUGUUACAUCUAAUAGGAACCCUAAUAAACAUACGGUUAACAUAUAAUAGGGAACCCUAAUAACAGACGUGUAACAUCUAAUAGGGACCCUAAUAAACAGACGUGUUACAUCUAAUAGGAACCCUAAUAAACAGACGUGUAGCAUUUAAUAGGAACCCUAAUAAACAGACGUGUUACAUCUAAUAGGGACCCUAAUAAACAGACGUGUAACAUCUAAUAGGAACCCUAAUAAACAGACGUGUAACAUCUAAUAGGAACCCUAAUAAACAGAUGUGUAACAUCUAAUAGGAACCCUAUAAACAGACGUGUAACAUCUAAUAGGAACCCUAAUAACGACCCUAAACAGAUGUGUAACAUCUAAUAGGAACCCUAAUAAACAGACGUGUUACAUCUAAUAGGAACCCUAAUAAACAGACGUGUAACAUCUAAUAGGAACCCUAAUAAACAGACGUGUUACAUCUAAUAGGGACCCUAAUAAACAGACGUGUAACAUCUAAUAGGAACCCUAAUAAACAGACGUGUUACAUCUAAUAGGAACCCUAAUAAACAGACGUGUAACAUCUAAUAGGAACCCUAAUAAACAGACGUGUAACAUCUAAUAGGGACCCUAAUAAACAGACGUGUAACAUCUAAUAGGGACCCUAAUAAACAGACGUGUAACAUCUAAUAGGAACCCUAAUAAACAGACGUGUUACAUCUAAUAGGAACCCUAAUAAACAGACGUGCAACAUCUAAUAGGAACCCUAAUAAACAGACGUGUAACAUCUAAUAGGAACCCUAAUAAACAGAUGUGUAACAUCUAAUAGGAACCCUAAUAAACAGACGUUUUUAAACAUCUAAUAGGAACCCUAAUAAACAACGUGUAACAUCUAAUAGGGGACCCUAAUAAACAGACGUGUAACAUCUAAUAGGGACCCUAAUAAACAGACGUGUAACAUCUAAUAGGAACCCUAUAAACAGACGUGUAACAUCUAAUAGGGAACCCUAAUAAACAGACGUGUAACAUCUAAUAGGAACCCUAAUAAACAGACGUGCAACAUCUAAUAGGAACCCUAAUAAACAGACGUGUAACAUCUAAUAGGAACCCUAAUAAACAGACGUGUAACAUCUAAUAGGAACCCUAAUAAACAGACGUGUAACAUCUAAUAGGAACCCUAAUAAACAGACGGGUAACAUCUAAUAGAACCCUAAUAAUAACACAGACGUUGUAACAUCUAAUAGGAAACCCUAAUAACAACAGACGUCUGAUAACCAUCUAACUAGGAACCCUAAAUCAAACAGACGUGUAACAUCCUAAUAGGAAACCCUAAUCAAACCAGACAUGUAACAUCUAAUAGGAACCCUAAUCAAACAGACGUGCUACAUCUAUGGAACCCUAAUAACAGACGUUGCAACAUCUAAUGGAACCCUAUAAAGAGUGUAACAUCUAAUAGGACCCUAAUAAACAGAGGUGUAACAUUAAUAGGAACCCUAAUAAACAGACGUGGGUUACAUUCUAAUAGGACCCUAAUAACAGACGUGUAACAUCUAUAGGAACCCUAAUAAAAGACUGUGUACUCUAAUAGGGACCCUAAUAACAGACGUGUACAUCUAAUAGGAACCCUUUAACAGACGUGUUUGUCUAAUAGGAACCCUUAUAACAAUAGUGUAACAUUCUAAUAGGAACCCUAAUAAACAGACGUGUAACAUCUAAUAGGAACCCUAAUAAACAGGGCGUGUUAAUCUAAUGGAACCCUAAUAAACAGAGUGGUACAUCUAAUGGAACCCUAAUAAAGAGUGUAACAUCUAAUAGGAACCCUAAUAAACAGACGUUUUAACAUCUAAUAGGAACCCUAAUAAACAGACGUGGGGUUUCAUCUAAUAGGGACCUAAUAAACAGACGUGUCAUCUAAUAGUGAACCUUUAUAACAGACGUUGGGAACUCGUAAUAGGGCCCUAAUGAAACAGACGUGGGAACAUCUAAUAGGAACCCUAAGAACAGACGUGAACAUCUAAGGGCCCUAAUAACAGACGUGUACAUCUAAUAGGAACCCUAAUAAACAGACGUGUUUCAUCUAUAGGAACCCUAUAAACAGACGUGUUACCAUCUUAGAAACCUAAUAAACAGACGUUAACAUCUAAUAGGAACCUAAUAAACAGACGUGUAACAUCUAAUAGGACCCUAAUAAACAGACGUGUAACAUCAUAGGGACCCUAAUAAACAGACGUGUACAUAUAUAGACCCUAAAAACCCGACUGUUACAUCUAAUAGGGACCCUAAUAAACCAGACGUGCACAUCUAAUAGAACCUAAAACAACGUGUAACAUCUAAUAGGACCCUAAAAAACAGACGUCUUACAUCUAAUAGGGACCCUAAUAAACAGACGUGUUACAUCUAAUAGGGACCCUAAUUAAACAGACGUGUUACAUCUAAUAGGAACCCUAAUAAACAGACGUGCAACAUCUAAUAGGGACCCUAAUAAACAGACGUGUAACAUCUAAUAGGGGACCCUAAUAAAACAGACGUGUUACAUCUAAUAGGGACCCUAAUAAAACAUACGUUGUAACAUCUAAUAGGAACCCUAAUAAACAGACGUGCAACAUCUAAUGAGGAACCCUAAUAAACAGACGUGUAACAUCUAAUAUGAACCCUAAUAAACAGACGUGUAACAUCUAAUAGGGACCCUAAUAAACAGACAUGUUACAUCUAAUAGGAACCCUAAUAAACAGACGUGCUACAUCUAAUAGGAACCCUAAUAAACAGACGUGCAACAUCUAAUAGGGACCCUAAUAAACAGACGUGCUACAUCUAAUAGGGACCCUAAUAAACAGACGUGUUACAUCUAAUAGGGACCCUAAUAAACAGACGUGUUACAUCUAAUAGGAACCCUAAUAAACAGACGUGUUUACAUCUAAUAGGAAACCCUAACAAACAGACGUGUUACAUCUAAUAGGAACCCUAAUAAACAGACGUGUAACAUCUAAUAGGAACCCUAAUAAACAGACGUGUAACAUCUAAUAGGAACCCUAAUAAACAGACGUGUAACAUCUAAUAGGAACCCUAAUAAACAGACGUGUAACAUCUAAUAGGAACCCUAAUAAACAGACGUGUAACAUCUAAUAGGAACCCUAAUAAACAGACGUGUAACAUCUAAUAGGAACCCUAAUAAACAGACGUGUUACAUCUUAUAGGAACCCUAAUGAACAGACGUGUAACAUCUAAUAGGAACCCUAAUAAACAGACGUGUAACAUCUAAUAGGAACCCUAAUAAACAGACGUGUUACAUCUAAUAGGGACCCUAAUAAACAGACGUGUAACAUCUAAUAGGAACCCUAAUAAACAGACGUGUAACAUCUAAUAGGGACCCUAAUAAACAGACGUGUAACAUCUAAUAGGAACCCUAAUAAACAGACGUGUAACAUCUAAUAGGGACACUAAUAAACAGACGUGUUAAAUCUAAUAGGAACCCUAAUAAACAGACGUGUUACAUCUAAUAGGAACCCUAAUAAACAGACGUGUUACAUCUAAUAGGAACCCUAAUAAACAGACGUGUAACAUCUAAUAGGAACCCUAAUAAAACAGACGUGUAACAUCUAAUAGGGACCCUAAUAAACAGACGUGUAACAUCUAAUAGGGACCCUAAUAAACAGACGUGUUACAUCUAAUAGGAACCCUAAUAAACAGACGUGUUACAUCUAAUAGGGACCCUAAUAAACAGACGUGCAACAUCUAAUAGGAACCCUAAUAAACAGACGUGUAACAUCUAAUAGGGACCCUAAUAAACAGACGUGUUACAUCUAAUAGGGACCCUAAUAAACAUACGUGUUACAUCUAAUAGGGACCCUAAUAAACAGACGUGUUACAUCUAAUAGGAACCCUAAUAAACAGACGUGCAACAUCUAAUAGGGACCCUAAUAAACAGACGUGUAACAUCUAAUAGGGACCCUAAUAAACAGACGUGUUACAUCUAAUAGGGACCCUAAUAAACAGACGUGUAACAUCUAAUAGGAACCCUAAUAAACAGACGUGCAACAUCUAAUAGGAACCCUUAUAAACAGACGUGUAACAUCUAAUAGGAACCCUAAUAAACAGACGUGUAACAUCUAAUAGGGACCCUAAUAAACAGACGUGUUACAUCUAAUAGGGACCCUAAUAAACAGACGUGUUACAUCUAAUAGGAACCCUAAUAAACAGACGUGUAACAUCUAAUUGGAACCCUAAUAAACAGACGUGCAACAUCUAAUAGGGACCCUAAUAAACAGACGUGUUACAUCUAAUAGGGACCCUAAUAAACAGACGUGUUACAUCUAAUAGGGACCCUAAUAAACAGACGUGUAACAUCUAAUAGGAACCCUAAUAAACAGACGUGUAACAUCUAAUAGGAACCCUAAUAAACAGACGUGUAACAUCUAAUAGGGACCCUAAUAAACAGACGUGUAUUGUAAUAUACUAACAUGUUGACUGUGUGUAGUAUGUUGUAGUAAUGUGUGUGUGUGUGUGUGUGUGUGUGUGUGUGUGUGUGUGUGUGUGUGUGGUGUGUCUGUGUGUGUGUGUGUGUGUGUGUGUGUGUGUUGUGUCUGUGUGUGUGUGUCUGUGUGGUGUGUGUGUGUGUGUGUGUUUUGUGUGUCUGUGUGGUCUGUGUCUGUGUCUGUGUCUGUGUGUGUGUGUGUGUGUGUGUCUGUUGUGUGGUCUGUGUGUCUGUGUGUCUGUGUGUGUGUGUCUGUGUGUUGUGUGUGUGUGUGUUUGUGUGUGUGUGUGUCGGUGUGUGUUGUGUGUGUGUGUGUCUGUGGUGUGUGUUGUGUUGUGUGUUGUGUGUGUGUCUGUGUGUGUGUGUGUUUGUGGUGUGUGUGUGCUGUGUCGUGUCGGUGUGGUGUGUGUGGUGUGUGUGUGUGUGUGUGGUGUCUGUGUCUGGGUGUGUGUGUGGGUUGUGUGUGGGUGUGGGUUGUUGUCUGUGUGGUGUGUGUGUGUGUGUGUUGUGUGUGUCUGUGUGGGGUGUGUGUGUGUGUGUGUUGGUGUGUGCUGGGUUGGGGGUUGUUGUGUGUGUGUGUCUGUGGUGUGUGUGUGUGUUUGUGUUGUUUGUGUGUGUGUGUGUGUGUUGUGUUUUGUGUGUUUGGUGUUGUGUGUGGUGUGUCUGGUCUGUUUUUCUGUGUUUGUGUCUUUUGUUUUGUGUGUGUGUGUGUGUUGUGUGUGGUGUGUUGUGUGUAGCUGAUGGUUCUGGAUGGACAGCAUUGAGGAGAGAUCCAGCUGCAGUGAUGGAUGAAGUCCAGAAGUUCCUCGGAGUUACUCCUCAUUACAACUAUUCACAGACUCUCACGUACGUCACACACACACACACACACACACACACACACACACACUACACUCUACUCACAGACUACACGUACGUCACACACACACACACACACACACACACUCUCUACUCACAGACUCUCACGUACGUCACACACACACACACACACACACACACACUCUCUACUCACAGACUCUCAGUACGUCACACACACCACACACACACACACUCUCUACUCACAGAUCUCACGUACGUCACACACACACACACACACACACUCUACACCUCUACUCAGACACAAUCUGAUGAUUAUUUACAAUUGAGAUUUCACAUGGAUUUUUUGUUUUUUUUCUUUAAAAACAUUGGGUUUGAUGUUGCUGUGUUGAAAUGUGCAAAUAAAGUUAUACACUACUUGUAUUCGAUGAAAAAGCGCGGAGAGGAGAGAGAGCGGCGAGAGCGCGAGCGAGGAGCAGAAUGUAUAUCUAGAGAGAAUCUAUCUGGGCUCUGAGAGAGGAGGGGGAUAGCGGAGGGGGACUCGCUAUCGCUAUCUCUCUCGCUAUCUCUUUCCUAUCAUCUCUAUCUCUCUAUCACUACCCCUUCCUAUCUCCUCCCCCACCGCUCUCUCCCCCCCUCUCUGUCCAGGUUUGACCAGCAGAAGGGUUUCUGGUGUCAGCUUUUAGAAGAGGGGAAGACCAAGUGUUUGGGGAGUGAAGGACAGAAAUACCCUCCCAUGGAACCAGAGGUAACGCACAAAAAUACUGACACAUGCAACUACAGUCAUACCAGAGGCCGCGGUUUUGCCAUGGUGAAAUUUCCCACAGGGCUUUGUGCAGGCUGGAAGAUGUCAGCCAAUCAGAUCCUUGCAGGAAGUUAUAACCUCAUUAUGAAACACAAAAACACACACCACACCACAUACCACACACAUACACCAUGCCACACACACCACACCACACCACACACCGUACCACACACACCAUUAAAAUGUAUUUCCAGAGAGAAAGAGGGACACCAAUAGAGAGUGGAAGGGAGAGAGGGACAGAAAGAAGAUGAAUUGAGGAUACCCUUUAUCUACCCCCCCCCCCCCCCCCCCCCCCCUCCCCUCUCUCUCUCUCUCUAGGCACGGUCCUACCUGUCCAGGUAUUAUCGGGAACACAACAUCGACCUGUCCAAGCUUCUCCACAGACUGGGUCAGCCUCUCCCCUCUUGGCUCAGGGAGGAACUACAGAAGAUCAGUUAGCAGGGUUAGAGGUUAGGGGUCACCGGCUGGGUCAGCCGCUCCCCUCCUGGCUGAGAGAGGAACUACAGAAGAUCAGAUAACCUCUAACCCUACCGGCAGCCCAGGUUCAGAGGUCAGGUGUUAAGGGUCGCGGGGACCAUUAAGAGGCAGAGGGUCGUGACCUUUCUGUGACCUCCCAACCCCGUGGUGAACCUGAGGAUGGAAGAGAGGUCAUGAACUCUGUCCUGGCAUGACCUCACAGAGGAGAAGAGACACUAGAGAACUGAUGUAUGGAUGGAUAACUGGACAGGUGAAUGGAUGAUCUCUGACCUCUGAGAGAGAUUAAUGGAGGUUUGCCUGACCUCUGGAACAGAACUGUGUGUUUCAGUUAAUGGACUAGAGAGAGAGAGAGGUGGAUUGUCAUCAUAUCACCUCUGCGACAUCUUGAACACUG